AUGGGCCGGAACAAAUUCUGUGGGCCCACUGGCCACCAUGUAAAGCCACGUGGCAUUGGUCUUUGCUCCUCUUCCUUCUCUCACCACCUGGAAACUUCGAUUCUUACUUUCUCAGCGUUCCCGAUAAAGCAAGAAGUCGCCGAAGUUCAGUUAACCUCCGGUGUAGAGAUGCUGGCAAUGUGGAAACUCCGGUGGCUACUUAAUAUACUGCUAUUUGUGUGUUCGGUAUCGUUGACGGAUGCCCGGGGAUCUAGUAACAGAACUAGUAAAUGGAAUACGUUAAACGGAGAACGCCCUUUAGUCAUAGCACGUGGUGGGUUUUCAGGAGUAUUUCCUGACUCGAGUGUAGAUGCUUACGAAUUGGCGAAGAUAUUUAGUGUUCCCGAUGUGAUCUUCUGGUGCGAUGUGCAGUUAACUAGAGAUGCAGCUGGGAUCUGCUUUCCGGACCUUGAUCUUAAUAAUGCUUCCACCAUUAGCCAAGUCUUUGGUAACAGAUCCCAGACAUACCCUGUCAAUGGAGUACCCACAACAGGAUGGUUUCCUGUUGACUUCUCACUCGAUGAUCUACAAAAAAAUGUCUUCUUAACACAGAACAUCUUGUCCCGAACACCAUACUAUGAUGGCUUGUUUCCCAUCCUUACUGUAGAUGAUGCUGCGAAUCAGGGAAGAUUAUGGUUGAAUAUCCAGCAUGAUGCAUUUUUCAGGCAACACAAUUUGAGUAUGAGAAAUUUUGUGAUUGAUGCUUCUAAAAGAAAUCUUGUUAAAUAUAUAUCAUCACCAGAGGUGGAAUUUCUGAAAAGUAUCAUGACAACAUUCAAAUCAACCACCACAAAACUAAUUUUCAGAUUUCUAGAAGUGAACAAGACUGAGCCCUCAACCAAUCAAACAUAUGGUUCACUUUUAAAAAAUCUGACAUUUAUCAACACAUUUGCUUCUGGUGUUUUAGUUCCUAAAUCAUACAUAUGGCCUGUGGAUAAUGACUUGUAUUUACAACCAUCUACCUCAUUGGUCUUGGAUGCCCACAAAGAGGGUUUACAAGUAUUUGGUUCAGAUUUCAUGAAUGAUGUGCAACUUGCGUAUAAUUACAGUUAUGACCCUGUAGAAGAGUAUUUGUAUUUUGUGGAUAAUGGCAGAUUCUCUGUAGAUGGUGUUCUUUCCGACAAUCCAGUGACUCCAUCAGCAGCUUUUAGUUGUUUUUCUCAUAUUGGGAAAAAACAUUCUUCAGGAAAGCCUUUAAUUAUCUCAUUUGAAGGAGCAAGUGGGGAGUUUCCAGGGUGUAGUGAUUCAGCAUACAGAAAAGCUGUUUCAGAUGGUGUAGAUAUAAUCGAUUGUCCUGUUCAGAUGACAAGUGAUGGAGUAGCUUUUUGCUUAGGUGACAUAAACCUUCUUGAAAGGACAACAGUUGCUGAGUCAGAUUUUGGCAACCUUUCAUCCAGUGUUCCUGAGCUUCAAUCUGGAAAUGGAAUAUAUACAUUCAGCCUCACAUGGAGCCAGAUUAAGAGCUUAAGACCUGCAAUGUUCAACCCAUUUGCAAAUGAGACAUUGUUUCGUAACCCCAAGUUCAAAAAUGAUGGAAACUUGAUGACAUUGUCUGAGUUUUUGGACUUUGCAAAUAAUGCUACUUCUGUAUCCGGUGUCCUAAUCAACAUAAAGAAUGCAGCCUACCUAGCAACAAAUCAUGGAUUAAACGUAACAGAUGUUGUGAUGGACGUUUUAAACAAAUCUAGUUACCAGAAGAAAAAGUUAUUAAUCCAAUCUUCUGAGAUGAAAGUUCUGAAAUCAUUCAAGGAAACAAACAAAAACAAAAGGCUUGAGCUUGUUUAUGAGGUUAAUGAAAACAUCCGUGAUGCUGAAAACUCAACCAUUUCAGAAAUUAGUCAUACAGCUAAUUCAGUUAUCAUCGGGAAGCAAUCUGUGUACCCUAAAUCGAACGGAUUUCUUAUUAAUCGAACUCAAGUUGUGCCAAAGUUGCAAGCGUUUAACCUCUCUGUAUAUGUCCAAAUAAUGAGUAAUGAAUUCGUAUCACAACCAUGGGAUGUAUUUUCAGAUCCUUAUGUUGAAUUAGCCACAUAUGUAGAGGGAGCUGGUGUUGAUGGUGUUAUUACUGGUUUUCCAGCUACCACCUCCAAAUACAGAAGGAGCAAAUGUUUACAUUUCAAAGAUAUCCCAAAUUAUGCACACUCUAUAGAGCCUGGCGAAUUGGUCCAUUUCAUGGCACCUGGGGCAAUGCCGCCAGUUGGAUCUCCAAAUCCGAUACUGACUGAUGCUGACCUGGCGGAUGCACCUAUCACUUCCACAAACAAACCACAUUCGCCUAUUGUCAAUGAGUCAUCAGCAUCACGUAAAGCUCUUAUGUGGAUAAUGCUUCUUUGUUCCAUUUCCAUAUCUUUCUAUUGA